AUGACUCUCAGUUUUGCACGAAAGAGUAAUAAAAAAAAAAAGCACAGACAGUAUUUCCCUGUGAAGUGUAACAGAGUAGACGUGUGCUCAGCUACCGUCCAUCACUGAUCCUCUGCCUCUCCGGUGUCCAGCGAGGAGCUCCUGGUCAGCUGUGGCUUCCUGCUCUGUAAAGGCCUGGUGUCUCGUAUGGACCUGGUCUCCAUCCAUCUGUCCUCCAGCCCCCGUCUCUUCUCCUUCCUCUCUCUGGCCUGGGGCUUCGUGGCCGACGUCGACAUAGAGAGCGAGAAGUACCGUCACGUCGGAGCCGCCCGGUUCACCGUCGGCACCCUGGUGAGGCUGGCUUCUCUCCGCGUCUACAAGGGCAAGCUGGCUUACCUACCCGCCACCAAGCAGCACAACAACCAGGAGGGUUUGAGAAAUAACACGACGGGCCACUGCAACAACCAGGCCUCCUCCCUGACUCCAGCCCCCGUCCUGUGCCGACCGUCCAGAGACUCGUCCUGCAACAACACUUUCCACAACUCCUGCCACUCCAACAACUCCCUCAAAGUGAGGAGGUCGGAGAGCACGCCUUCCCGAAGCGCCACCAAAGCCCCCGCCGGCCCGCCCGACUCCCUGCUGGUGCCUCUGGACCAGCCGCUGCCCGCCAACUGGGUGGUGGUGCCCGAGGAAGACUUUGUCCUCAUGCUGGCCAUGUACCAGUCCCACCUGGCCGAGGACCUCCUGGCAGCACCGGACGCCGCCUUGGACGACGGCGUCAUUCACCUUUUCUACGUUAGAGCUGGGAUAUCUCGCACCGCGCUGCUGAGGCUGUUUCUGGCCAUGGAGAAGGGCGCACAUCUGGCCACUAACUGUCAACAUCUGGUGCACACUAAGGUGAGAGCGCUGAGGCUGGAGCCGUACUCACCCAAAGGGAUAAUAACAGUCGAUGGAGAAGUGGUGGAAUACGGUCCGUUGCAGGCAGAAGUACACGGAGGCCUGUCGAGAUUAAUCACUGGAUGAACCGAACAAGCAGCGCUGCCAGCUUUCAUCUCUGCUGUUUGAGGCUGAUGGUGUUGAUUAAACACAGUCGAGCAUUUCAGAUCAGAAGGGUCCAGGUACAGGAGCAAAGCAAUGGAUGUAAGACUCAUUUACAUGGAUCUGCUAACGGAUCCUCUCAGCAGCAGACUGGAAAAAAAAAAAACAUCUGAAGACGCUGUGAUGUUGGACGAGGUUUUCUAACAAGGCGCUGUGUGGGGGGAGCCAGAGUGUUCAAUAUUAGAUAAAUAAAUCAUUACCUGUGAAAUAAAUGAUCACAGAAACACAUUUAAAUGUAAUCAGAAAACUUGGUGCUUUAACCAGAGUUGCUCGUGCGUCUUUUCACAAUAAGAGCAUUUAUUGCAGAUAUUUUCUAUUUCAAAACUUUUCCAACUUCUGUCUUUAUUUUGAAGUCUUUAUCUG